AUCAGUCUCGCCUGGCGCACUCUCUACCUCUUACCUGCACCGACUGCACCUUGAUUGUUCUCGCGAUAUAAAAUUUCGCUAUGUCGAGAUCUUGAUGUCGUGGUCGCGUUGAUGGUGUGAGAUCAUCGUUGAAGGUCUCACGCCGAGCCAUUGACAUUGGACAGCUGGCUUGCCAAGGUCAACCCUCCUCUUGUUGAGCUCUGAUCUUCAAACACGCGUACAUCACGAUCCCUUCAGAACCGCAGUCGAUAUGGCAGACGAAGACAAGGAAAAGGCGGAGAAGCUCGCCGCGGCCAAGAAGCGGUUUGAACAAUUGAAGAAGAAGCAAGCCAAGGAGGGCAAGAAAGGCGGCAAGAAGAAGGCCGACAAGAAAGACGAUGCCGAUACUAAGACCGAAGACGCAGGCGAGGAGACAGCUGAAGCGGAUGCCACAGCCAACGCCGAGGAUGCAGAGGCAGAUGCGCAAGAGGAGGAGAUCCGCGAAGAGGUGAAGCGCAAAGAGCGAACGAAAUCAUUCAAAGAGGAGGCAUCAGCCGCGCAAUCUGAAGUUCAAGAGCUCUACAAGAAGCAGACGGCCAAGAUCGAGGAGCUCGAGAAAGAGAACAAGUCGCUCAAGGAGCAGCAAGAGGAGAACACAAAGAAGCUGAGCAAGGCCGAGGAGGAGCUGGAAAGCCUGCGUGAGGGUAGCGGCGAGGUUGCAGAACUCCGCAGCAAGGCGAAGGAGACUGAGCGAUUGACGACUGAGCUGGCCACUGUCCAGAGACAGCUGACCCAGGCUCAAAAGGAGCAAAAGAAUACUACACGCAGAGCGUCGUCAAGCGCAAGUCCGGAGCUGGUCGAGCAACUUGCGACGAAGGACUCGACAAUUCAGUCUUUGGAGCUGGACAUUUCCAAUCUUCGCAACCAGAUCACCACUCUGGACUCUACAAUAUCGGAGCGUGAUGCUGCAGCAAAGGAUUUGGAGGACCGCGCGAAGGUGGCAGAAGCGCAGACGGAGACUGUCAAGCAGGAACUUGAUGCUCUGCGAGCAUCUAUCUCGUUCCCGAGCGACGAAACAGCAUCGGCGAAAGACGACCCAGAAGCUCUUACUAAGCGCAUCAGCGUUCUUGAGUCUGAUCUUCGCACUGCCAACAACAAUCUCGAGGCCGCUGCCAAACGCGCAACGUCUCUUGAACAGAAGAUCGAAGCCUUGACAAAGUUGCACAAGGAUGCCAAUGCCACCUCACAGGCCAAAGAUCGAGAACUUGCAGACCUUCGAUCACAGCUGCAGCGUCAAAAUAAGAGAAGCUCUCACGUUCGCCCGGACAACUUGGACGAUUUCGAAUUGUCUGAAUCAGAAACCGAGACGGGUCAGCUGCAAGCACGGUUACGAGCAUUGGAGGCCGAGAACUUUGAUCUACGACGCGGAGUCUGGAGAGACAAGCGAGCCGAACUUCAGCCAGGCAUGAACGACGACGGAUUGAAGGACGUGGAUCUGUACACACCUGAUGGCACGAAUAGACAGCAGGGCUCUCUUCCCCGUCAGACGAGCACAUUCCAAGAUGUGAUCAAUUCGGGCAUCAAUGCUUUCACGGGGAGGGAAAGAAAUCAACCGCCUAGGAAUAGAGCAGAGAGUCUCGGCUUGAUGUCUGAUGAUGGCGGAUUCGACGAGGAGGCUUUCAGACUCGCUCAAGAGGAAGAGCAGAAGCGACGGCUGGAGAGAAUCAAAGAUGUCAAACGAGGUCUUGAUCAGUGGAAGGGGUGGAGAGUGGAUCUGGCGGAUAAUCGAAGAAACUGGGCUGGAGAUGGACGACAGGUGGGACCUGUCUUCGAGCUGUAGGAGCAGAGCAUGGAAUAUCAGACGCUAUAGAAUACCCGC